AUGAGUCACUCCGUUCCCGACCUCGAUGUGAUAGGCAUCAAAGCCGAACACGACCUAGCAGACCAAUUCCGUCGCGAAGUCGCCCAACUUCUGGGACGCACGAACCUCAAUUUCCCCGGCGCACAACCUGUCAGCUUUUCUGCGAAACAUCUGGUGGAGCUUCAAAAAGAGGAUUACUAUGUUUGCGAGAAGACAGACGGGAUCCGGUGCCUGAUGUAUUUUGCGCGCGGUGAUCCCGACUCAGAGUCUCCGGAGAUUCACUACCUGAUCGAUCGCAAGAACGACUAUCGUUUCGUUCCAGGCCUACAUUUCCCACUGCCGAACGAUGAUACCUUUCAAUCUUACCACGUCGAUACACUGGUAGACGGAGAGCUGGUCAACGAUGUAUACGAGGACGGGACCCAGCAGCUCAAGUACUUGGUUUUCGAUUGCCUUGUGCUAGACGGACAGAGCCUAAUGCACCGUACACUCGACAAACGACUCGCAUAUUUCAAAGAAAAAGUACUGAAACCAUAUAAUGCGAUGUACCGCAAAUUCCCUGAGGAAAAACAGCACCGCGCUUUUGCCGUCGAAGAUAAGUCCACACAGGUCAGCUACGGCAUUGAGAUGAUGUUCCGUGAGAUCAUCCCGGCAGUCAAACAAAUCCACGGAAAUGACGGCCUGAUUUUCACUUGUCGAAGCACACCCUACCGCAUCGGCACAGAUGAGCACAUCCUCAAAUGGAAGCCUCCCGCCGAGAACACUAUUGAUUUUCGCACACGUCUCGAGUUUCCCAUCCUCGAACCAGACACAGACGACGAAGCAGAAGGCAUCUCAGAACCUUAUCCUGAUUACGAUGCUAUCCCAACCUUCCACCUCUUCGCCAUGCUAAACGCGGGCGAGUACCGCCAUUUCGCCGAGAUGUACGUCACACCCUCAGAAUGGGAGGAUCUGAAAGCCAUGCGUGUUCCAUUAGAUGAUGCCAUCGUUGAAUGCUACAAAGAUGAGCAAGGCCGUUGGCGCUUCCACCGUUUGCGCGACGAUAAGAAUGACGCCAAUCACAUUUCGACCGUUGAAAAGGUCUUAGAAAGUAUUGAAGACCGCGUCACGGAAGAAGAUCUUAUUCGUCUUGCACCUGUUAUCAAGACUGCUUGGAAAAAGCGACAGGCGGGUAUGGGUUCAGGUGCGAUGCCGCCAAUGAACGGUGGUACUAAGCGAAAAUUCGAGGAGUGA